GGUUUUGUAAUAAAACUGGAGUUCAUAUAAAUAUAUAGAGACAGCCAUCGCCAAGCUUCGUUCUUUUGCACUGCAGCUCGCAUCCCUCCUCCCCCGUCAAGAUGGCCGUCGGGAAGAACAAGAGGAUUUCAAAGGGAAAGAAAGGAGGAAAGAAGAAAGCAACUGAUCCGUUUGCCAAGAAGGAUUGGUAUGAUAUCAAGGCUCCUUCUUUGUUCAAUGUCAGAAAUAUUGGCAAGACUCUUGUUACCCGUACUCAGGGUACAAAGAUUGCCUCAGAAGGGUUGAAGCAUCGUGUCUUUGAAGUUUCAUUAGCAGAUCUCCAGAAUGAUGAAGAUCACUCCUACAGAAAGAUUCGUCUAAGAGCUGAGGAUGUGCAAGGGAAAAAUGUUCUCACAAACUUCUGGGGAAUGGACUUCACCACAGACAAGUUGAGGUCUCUGGUGCGAAAAUGGCAGACUUUGAUUGAGGCACAUGUUGAUGUGAAAACCACUGAUAAUUAUGGUUUGAGGAUGUUUUGUAUUGGAUUUACCAAAAAGCGUCCUAACCAACAGAAGAGAACCUGUUAUGCUCAAUCUAGCCAGAUCAGACAGAUUCGAAGGAAGAUGAGAGAAAUAAUGGUAAACCAAGCACAAUCAUGUGAUCUUAAGGAUUUGGUCCAGAAGUUCAUUCCUGAAUCAAUUGGAAGAGAGAUUGAGAAGGCAACUUCAAGCAUCUAUCCGUUACAAAACGUUUACAUCCGCAAAGUGAAGAUCCUGAAGGCUCCUAAGUUUGAUCUUGGAAAAUUGAUGGAGGUUCAUGGAGAUUAUUCGACUGAAGACACUGGGGUGAAAGUUGAUAGACCUGAAGAGGAGGAGCCAACCGAACCUGUAGCUGUUGUUGGUGCUGAAUAAAGAAAUCCUUUUGUUUGUUGGAUUUUUUUGUUUACUUAGUUCCAUUCGGCAACUUAAAUGGUGUUCUUGUUCUUUUCAGACAAUUUUUUUUUAUUUCUUAUUAUUUUGAGUAUCAUUUUGAUAGUUUCAUUAGAAAUGUAUUCCAAUUUUGUAUGAUUUUUUAACCAAAGUUUGUUUUGUUAAAUCUGAAUUGAAUGAAUCAAGGU